AUGUCCGAGACAAAACAAACGACCAGUCGGAGCAACUGUCGCGCCUUAUACCAAUCUCUGUAUCUUGAAGAGUCUGCAAAGAUGGAAUUGUAUUUCCAGUAA